AUGAACAUCACGCGAUGGAAAAGCCCGCCCACUGGACUCGACCUCCCUGACUUUCACUACACGCGCCUGAAAGGUCGUAACAGUAUUCGCCUGUUGAAACUGCUACCGGGAACUGGCAACAAAGCCAUAUCCAUCACGUUGAUAGACAGCUACAUUGGUCAAAGCUCUUAUGAUGCUUUGAGUUAUACCUGGGGAGAUGGCCAACCUGAUAAGACCAUCUUCUGUAAUGGGCGGCGACUUCUGAUCACGCAGACGCUGCUUGAAGCUCUCCGACAUUUCAGGGACAGCGAUCGUGAGAUCAUCCUCUGGAUCGACCAAGUAUGCAUUUGGCAAGGCAGUAUUUCAGAGAAGAAUCAGCAAGUCCAGUUGAUGGGAAAGAUCUUCAAGAGUGCCCGGAAAGUUACCGUCUGGCUGGGUGAUCAUGCUGAUAAUUCUCGUGCGGGCAUGCAGCUCGCAUAUCAAUUGCUUGAUAUCUCCACGAGACACAGCGUCCUGAACUCUGACCAGCUGGAGACACUAGGUCUUCCGAAGCGAGGCUCGAAGCGCUGGAUAUCGCUUGCAGCCAUUCUACGUCGACCGUGGUUCUCCAGAACGUGGAUCGUUCAAGAAGUGGUCCUGAACCCCAACGUCGAGGUCGUCCUCGGUGAUAGCAGCCUACAAUGGGACGAAUUUGAGAAAGUUGUAUGCCUUCUCGAAGGCCCAACUUCAGAACAGUGGCAACUCGACCCGACAUUGAGUGCUUGGGAGCUACCAUUCUCUCGAAUCAAUCGCAUCAGACGGCGGCAUCAGAGAUACCUUGCUCACGGUGCAAAUCAGAGUGGGACAGGGGGCACUUCUCCAGGCGGCGAGGAUGAAUAUCCUUCAGCGGAUGUGAGAGAAGGUUUCAUUGACUUGCUGGACCUUCUUGUAAUGGCUCGUGGUCUUGGAGCUACCGACCCACGCGACAAAGUUUAUGCAUUACUCGGUCUCAGUACCAGCGAUGUAGCGCCGGACUAUACACUGUCCCCGGCAAUGAUCUUCAACGAAUUCGCAAUGCACAUUCUUGGAGAGAUGACCAGGCUAGGCACUAAGAUAUCCUCCUCUGCCAAAGAAGCUCGUCAGAUACUGGUCCUGCUUGCUUGCGCAGGAGGAGGUAGGCGGAGCUUGGAACAAUCAUUUCCCGACGACUCCACCAAUACGCUCGAUCUACCCUCAUGGGUUCCAGAUUGGACAUCUCCUUUAUUGGCAAGGCCCUUUGUGUUCGACUCUAGAUUUAGAGCAGGCGGCGAUACUCUUGAGGUUGAUUGGAACCACGAGACUGGCUACUUGCAGCUGUGCGGAAAGCUCAUCGAUACGAUUGAAGUUGUGGGAACAGUGAUGCUCGACUAUACUCCCGAUAGCCCUGUCUCGGAUGCCCAUCGCAAAAUCGAUCAGUGGUGGCAGGAGAGUCUACUGAUUGUUGGUUCCAGGACCGUCCGCUCUCCCGGUAGUACCAUGAACGUCGAUGCUUUCAAGGGUCUUGGUCGAGAUCUUGAGAUAUGCAAGCAUGGAUACUACGCAAGUGGAUGUGGUCAGACGAGAGAUGCCAUAACUGAUAACAUCGACUCGAAACGUCGGCGCAGCCUGCUCGACGAUACGGAUAUAUAUCAAGAUGCCAUACACAGCGCCCAACAUACCCUCGCUUUGGGCCCGACCAGUGGACGAGUGCUCUUCCUGACGACCACGGGAUACAUAGGACUGGCUCCAUAUGGAACGCGUGCUGGAGAUCUGAUACACGUUGUUCUAGGUGCCGGCGUACCUUAUUGUCUCAGGCCUCAGCCGGACAAUGUCGGGUUUGAGCUGAUUGGCGAGGCUUACGUACAGGGAAUCAUGCAAGGCGAGGCCCUUGAAAUGGACGAUUGGGCCGGCUUUGUGGACGUCUGCAUUCGGUGA